CCUUCUUAUCGAAUACACGCGUGUGUUGGAACCAGUUGUAAAAUCUACCUGCUACACAAAAAAAAUGGCAACCAGCGCUUUCUCGACACCAGUGAACACUAUUACUAGGGAGACAUUAACAGUAUUAAUUACAAAUAAUAUAAUGAAUGACUCUAUAGAGUUUACUUCGGACUGUGAAGCGAUGGAAACACAGUCGCCAAUAAGGAAACCGAAUGUACGUCCAAUUAGCAAAAAGCUAUUCCAUUCUCCAUUAUCUGAACACAACAGCAACGAAGAUACAUUCAUACGACGUAAUAAUGAUCAAAAUAGGAGGUGUAAAAAAAGGAAGCAAAACCUAAUCCCGGAUUCUUGUGAAAAAAUAAAAAGAGCAUAUGUAACUGAGUGCGAGAGAGCUGGAUAUAGUCCAGAUACGAACGGUGGGAUUAGAAAAAAAGUGUUAAUAAGUUUGUUUCACAAUAAGGAGUAUUCAAUGGAUGUCGAGUUUUCAAGCUGAAUUCAAUUUAAAAAGAGCAAAGUUGGGUGGCAUUCUCUCAAAUUUAUUUAUAUUAUAAUAUAUAUAUAUAAAUAGAUAGGGUAUAUAGGUCUCAUAUUUAUUUAAAUUUAUAUAUAGUAGCAAGGUAUGGUAAUAAUUUUCAUAAAACAGAUUUUAUAAAAUUCAAAAUUGAAUUGAAUUGAACUUUUUGGCUUGAUAUAUCCUUUACGACAACCCUGUACAUAAGUAUUUUGUUGCCAGCUAAUUGAAUGCAAGGCUUUAAUAUACAAAGCUAUGAUCCAACCGAAUUUCUUUAUUAUAAAUUCGUUUGUAUAAUAACUGGAAGCUAUGAUCGUAAACCGCUAGAUUCUACUGGAAUUGUAACUAAUGAAUUUGAAAUGCAAAUUCAAUCAAUCACAUAGCAUUAGACAUUCACAGCAUAAGGUUAUACAAGAAGUCGUGGAAAUGGAAAGAAAUAACGCAAUUUACUACA